GUUAUUGAUUCGUGUUUCCUCUAAUAGAAAUGCCAAAUUAAAGCUGUCAAACUAUAUAAUGAUGCUUAUAGAAAGGGACGUUUUUAUCCACAUUGACUUAAAUUAGCGUUGUGUAAUUGCUGAAGGGUAAAACCUUGUCAGAAGUUAGUGUUUAACUUUUACAUGGUCAGAUAGUAGUCCUGUGAUUUAUCCGGUUAUAUUUAAGGUUAAUGUUGUUAUUGCGUAAGAUAAGGAAAUGGCUAAAGGUCUGGUUAGUAGCGUCUAUCUAAUAUAGCCUCCGGGAUGUUGAAAAACACACUGACCGUUCGUGAAGAGUUUAUUACUAUAUACCUUUAGGCUUUUGAAUGCUUGCGCCGUAUCCAUAACCUGUCUGCUUUAUACUCAAUACUCCUAUUUAAAAAAAACUGAUUUCUGUCAGCAUUACGGGAUUAAAAUGGGAAGUUUGCAAGAAGUAAAUGAACUGAGGACAAGACUGGAAAAUACCCUUAUAUCUUACCACAACCUCGGAGAGAAUGAAUGGAGAUUAGCAAAGAAAUCGAAAGAUGUUAAAGUGUGGAGGAAACAAUCAGUGGAGUUCAGUGGCUUCCUAUACAAAGCACAGGGAGUCGUUCAGGAGAAUCCAAACAGAAUAGUGGAUUAUAUUCGACCAGGACCAUAUAGAUUGGAGUGGGACAGUCUGAUGACUUCAAUGGACAUUGUAAAAACUAUUGACAAGGUUUGUUGUGUGAUGCGGUACAUGACUGCAGGACAGCUGUGGAACAUUAUCGCUCCACGGGAGUUUGUGGAUUUCUCCUACACGACAGACUAUCAGAACGGCCUUCUGUCCUGUGGUGUUAGUGUGAGCCACGAUGAGUACAGGCAGAGCUGUGUGAGGGGCUUCAACCACCCGUGCGGCUGGUUCUGUGUACCUGUGGGCGGGGAAGGAGAUGGCGCCCCCCAGAGUCUACUGACCGGCUACAUCCAGACUGACCUGAGGGGCAUGAUUCCACAGUCAGCCGUAGACACCGCCAUGGCCAGCUCACUUGUCACCUUCUACAGUGACCUGAGGGGGGCUCUGAAAUCCUAGACCUCUCCCUCCCUUUUCUUCUCUCUCUCUCUCUCUCUCUCUCCUUCCCUUUUCUUCUCUCUCUCUCUCUCUCCC